GCCCCAGGCUCACGUCCCGAUCCUGCCUUGAGUGGCCCAGGGCGGGGGACCUGGAAGUUUUAGCCUCGCGGCUCCUGAGGCGGAUUAAGUAGCCCAAGAAACAUUAUAUUCAUGCUUAGGUGGAGAAAAGCAGGGCUAGAAUUGGAACCCAAAGCCCAGAAUGGCAGGAGAGGAUGCAGGGGCUCCACCCGAUCACCUCUGGGUUCACCAAGAGGGUAUCUACCGCGACGAAUACCAGCGCACGUGGGUGGCCGUCGUGGAAGAGGAGACGAGUUUCCUAAGGGCACGAGUCCAGCAAGUUCAGGUUCCCUUAGGUGACGCAGCUAGGCCGAGUCACCUUCUUACCUCCCAGCUACCUCUCAUGUGGCAACUCUACCCUGAGGAGCGCUACAUGGAUAACAACUCUCGCUUGUGGCAGAUCCAGCAUCAUUUAAUGGUCAGGGGAGUACAGGAGCUGUUGCUUAAGCUUUUGCCUGAUGAUUAACCUGGUGCUGGGAUUCUAGGAAGAUAUGCUCCUCUGUUCUGUUCAGUACAUGGCAAUCACUUCAUCCACCACUGCAGUGCACCCACCUGUGGGCCUGGGGGGAGGGAGUGGGUUGAACAACUGCUCAAGAACGCAGAAGCGUA